AUGGAUUCGAUACCAAUUCAUACGCAGAUAUUGAUGGUGAUUGGAAAGAUAGUUCUUACAUUAUUUUAUGGUACAUUAGGAACAUUUUCCACAGUUCUUCUUCUUAUUUAUAAUGGUCCAAGUAAAUUUUUCCGACGUGUUGAACGAGCAACACCACCAGCACAAGCAAUGGAUCCUGUCUAUGGAAAACAUGAUAUGAUUAAAUUAAAAGCAAGUUGUUUUUCUUCUACCAAUAUGACUCAUAAAAGUUCAUAA